CCAAGAAAACAACAAAACCCAGAAUUUCUAGAAAACCUUAUCAUCCUCUGACAUUCAGUUGGUGACUUUGGUGUGAUAUUGUACAAAUGUACAACUAGACCAUAAAGUCGCUGAUAUUUUUCCUGAGUUGAUCCGAUUAAGAAAAGGGCAAAAAAAGAGCAAUUCAGAGAUGGAAAGGUCUGAAAUGGCUGAUUCUGAAAUUCCUCCACGACGUGGGGAAGAAGAACAGGGAGGGGAUGCUGAAGGAGUACCAGUAGUUGCAGCAGAGGAAGAAGAGAAAAAAUUGGAACAGAAUGACAAAACCCACCAACGUCUCUGUGAUUUCUGCAAUGAAUCGUUGGCUAUCUUGUACAGCAGAGCCGACACCGCCAAGCUCUGCUUCUCGUGCGACCGUGAAGUCCACUUAGGGAACCCACUUUUUCGGAAGCACACUCGUUCCCUUCUGUGUGAUUGCUGUGAUUCAAAGCCGGCUUCCAUUUUCUGUUCCACUGAGAAUAUUGUUCUCUGCCAGAACUGUGAUUGGGAAACCCAUGGUGUCUUAUCUUCUCUGCACGACAGGAGACCGUUGGAGGAGUUUUCUGGGUGCCCAUCGGUGACUGAUUUUUCAUCAAUUUUUGGGUUUGAUGACGUUGGGGACAAGUCUCUGUUGCCGAUGGCAGAUCAGGAUGAUGGUGGCUUGGUGGGUUCUGGGUUUUAUGCUUCUGUGGGAGGAGUAGUGGAUGAGCUUUCUGAUGCGUUUGUAUGGGAGACUUCACCUGUUGUUAGGUACCUAUCUUCUGGGGAUUGGUGCUAUGUAGAGGACUCAUUAUUCACAAAGGUUCAUUCCAAUGAGGAAGAGGGUUGACUGCUGUGAACGAGAUUCCAAACCUGGUCUCCAGUUUAGAAAUCCUGGUGCCAUGGUAUGAUUGCCUUGGGAUCCCUUGAAAAGUUUUUGACCCUAAGGUCCUCUGUUUACAUGUAAAAUUGCAGCCCAUUGGAGUCGGCCAAAAGGAAAAAUAAAGUUGAAAAAUCCAGGACUAUAGGAAGGUAUAUAUGACUGAAUUUGUGACUGAAAUUUCACCCAUGGCCAAUCCGCAACAUUUUCUAGAUAUCUGCACAACUAGAUGUGAAGACAUUCACGCACAAGUAGCUGGAAGAGAGACACAACUAGCCAAUCAAUGAUGGGCUCUCUCUCUCUCUCUCUCCUCUGAAGAUUUGCAUCAAUUCAAUGCUCAAUGACAUUUCUGCAGCCUCUGACACCAUUCUAGAGUAAAUUUCUUUGGUCUGAGGAGAAGAGAAGUUUGGAAGCUCAAAACUCGAUGAAGAGGAGACUCUCAAUCUUGCUUGCGGUGCUGCAUUGGUUCUCGCUCGAUCCUCGUACCAGGUUUGACUUCUUUCUUCAUUACGAUCAAUUUGAAUUCAAAUGGUAUAAAUAUUCGUGUGUGUAAAUCACCACAUUUUAGAUUAUCACCCACAUUUUAGGAUUCAUCAAUUCAUCCCACAAUUCCUCAACCUGUUUCUCGGCAUAUUCUUGGACUUGGAACAUCCAAGAAAGGAUUUCAGAAACUAAGGAGUUCAAUUUGAAAUAAAACUCCUUACAUUCCUAUACAUGGAGACAGUGUCUUAAUACUUCUUCAGUACUUUGCCUUCUUAGAGGUAAUCUAUAUGGACAGUUUUUGUAAAAUUUCCCCCAACUCCUCCAUGACCUCUUUGGUUUUUGAAUUCUGAAGUUGUCAUGUAUAUCUUACUUGGUCUGUGGGAGGCCCUAGAGUUCCAGUCACAGGAGAUGAUAGUUUAGAGUUUCUGGAAUUUCUUUUUCUUCCUUUUAUGCAGGUAACAGGAGGUUAACCCAGUAUUCAGUAUGCCUGUCUCCAACAGAGGGCAAUGUCUGGCUCGAGGUCUAUCAUCUUCCUGAAUAAAUUGAGACUAGUGGACAUGGUCUCUCCCAAAAAUCUGGAAACCAUGUCCAUGAAAGUAUUAAAUGCAUCAGCUUUUAUUUUUAUUAUUUUUUUGAGAAAAAGAAAAUACCUGCUUCCGUAUGUCUAUGCUUAAACACAGGUGGGCACGAAAAGAUUAUUCUGCCCCCCCCCCGCCCCAUGUGUUGAAGAUAGCAUUUGUGUGCUGGUGCAGUGGCCGCACAAGUGGAUAGUGUUUUCUUGCCCUUUUUUUCCGUAAAUGAAUGAACUCAAUGAAGAAAAUGGCUUAGGUGAGAUUUAGGCUGAGAAA